ACUACUUCUAUGUGAACAGGCUUUACGGGAAACUGUGCUUUUAGUCCAGCCUGUGCUUAUCAUGAAUCAGAAAGAGGAACCAUACUUUGCUGAUAUAACCCAAAGCUCAGAUCCCAGCAGUUCCAGUUACUCUGCAGAGGAGAGGAGGUGGAGGAGGGGUGGUGUGCUACAACCACCUCAGCUGAGACAAAGCUUUAAUUAAACGUGACCCACAAUCCUUCAUUAUCCAGACAGCGUGUGCAGCUGGACUGAUCAAUGGCAUGGAUUGGGAUGAUAGUGCCCUACUAUCUGUCCCAGUAAAGUACUGACAUUAAACUUCUGUACAUUCCUCUAAGAAAGUCAACUUUUAUAUUCUGUUAAUCUGGCAUGAAAGUUGACGGGGCCCAGGAUGGAGGUGGCAGCGGCGGGGACACCAUCAGCCACUCUUUGACCCUGGUGCAGCGUCUGGAGGCCCUGCUGGUUCAGGGGAACGGCAGUGACGUGUCGCUCAGGGUGGAGACUCCCAACGCAGACGAAGUGAAGGUGAUCCAGGCUCACUCGCUGGUGCUCUCCCUGCAGAGCCCCGUGUUCGAAGAGAUGCUGCUGAACCGCAACAGCAGCAUGCUGGUCCUGAAAGAGAGCUCCGACAGUGCAGCUGUGUUUGACAAGUUCAUCAGGUAUCUGUACUGUGGGGAGAUUUCUCUGCGUCUGGACCAGGCCACACCUUUACACAAGCUGGCCACAAAGUACAAUGUGAUGGGUCUCCAGCAGGGCAUCACCGAGUACAUGACCCAUAAUCUGGCCCGAGACUACUCCUCAGGCCACGUGGCGGGCUGGUACGAGUACGCCCUGCAGACCGGGGACGUGACUCUGAGGGACAGCUGUCUUCAGUAUAUGGCCUGGAACCUGUCGUCGCUCCUGCAGAGCGGUGAGUGGGUGACCAUCAGCAGCCAGCUGCUCAUGUCCCUGCUGCAGCGCUCAGACCUCAUCCUGCAAAGUGAGAUGGAGCUCUUUGCAGCGCUGGAGGCCUGGAUUAUUCAUAAUGAGCCAGACGGCCUGACAGCAGAGAACGCCUUGAGAGCUGUGCGUUACGCCAUGAUGCCACCACGGGAGCUCUUCCGUCUGCAGACCCAGUCCUCAGUCCUGGCUCGCUAUCAGGAGUCUGUGCGCGACUUACUGUACAUGUCCUACCAGUUUCACUCUGCAUCGCCACUGCACAUGGCCAAAUACUUCGACGUGAACUGCAGCCUCUUCAUGCCCAGGAACUACCUGUCGUCAGUGUGGGGGUCACCCUGGAUCAUCAACAACCCCACGCGAGACGACCGCAGCACCAGCUUCCAGACCCAGCUGGGGCCCAGCGGCCACGACGCCAGCAAGCGGGUGACUUGGAACGCCCUGUUCUCACCACGCUGGUUACCCCUCAGCAUGAGGCCGAUGUACACGGAGACGGGCGCCAUGCAGCCAACACGUGUGGAGGGAGGGCGCCCUCGCAUCAUCAUCACGCCGGCCACAUCCAGUGCAGAUUUCGCCGGAGUGAACUUCCAGAAGACAGUGCUUGUGAUGGCUCAGCAGCAGGGGAAGAUGGUGGUGAAACACGUCUACAACUUCCACCAGAGCACGGAGGAAAACGGUGAUUUCUUGGCCGAAGCCGACCUAUACCGGCGGACAUCUGAAUACCUCAUCGAUAGCUCCCUCUUCCUCCACAUUGUGGUGAAGCCGCUGUACCAAACCCUCAUAACCACCAAGAACUGACCCUCCACCCUCCUCUCUGAGC